AUGAUUUCGAAGUGGAUCAUUUUGGGAGCCUAUCUAACUGUUGCUUUUCUAAUAUGCAGUGAGGCCCCUUUCGCGAAAAUGACAAAUGUAGUUUGUGAGUCUUACAACAAGUCGUGGGUCGUCUUUCAUUAUUGCCGAUUGAAGGCGUAUUCCCGAAACAAGACAAGCCUGCAUAUAAAUAUGACGGUUCUUUGGCCAACUAAUAAUAUAACCCUCAAAAUGAAGAUAUUGAAGAAGGCUAGUGGCUAUAAGCCAUUUCUGUUUGAUUACACCUUCGAUGCGUGUGAAUUUAUGAGAAGAAGAAACCAGCCAGUUGCCAAAAUCAUCUGGAAUUUGAUCAAGGAUGUAUCCACAGUGAAUCACACCUGUCCUUAUGGCUAUCAAGCUUUAAGCGAUUUUCAUAUUAUCCGAAUUCCCCUUCCAUGGCCAACUGGGGAUUACUUACUUUUGGGCGAUUGGUUAUUUUAUAAUAAGCCCCAAAUGGGUGUAAAGAUUUAUUUUAAUUUCGUAGAGGAUUGGUGAAAGUCAAAGAACAUGUUAGGUUUGGCAUUUUAAAUAAAAAUAUAUAAAAGUAUAUAAAAAAGUUCACUGAACUAUAAAUGUAUAUUCUGUAUUUUUGAUCAUUUUAAUCUUGAGGAAAACUCACCAAUUUCAUUGUGAUUCCAUUGAGUUGAUCAUAUAUAAACUAUAAAUAAUGAAAAUAAAUGACAAUUAUACUUGAUUUAUAUUUGGAAAGUUCAAAUACCUGAUUUACCUCAUUCUAUCAAAGCAAAUCGGCGUGACGGAUCGGAUUGCUUUAUAGGAGAUUGGCUUCAUUAUCCAGGUUAAUGAAUAUCGUAUGUCUUUAUGCAAAAUGAAAUAAUAAUUCUAACAACAUACGAACGCCAUUUAAAUAUUAUAACAAUUUUCACAAGCAGUACAAUUCUUAACUGAUUUGAAUGGAAUUUAUAUAUAUUUUUUUUUUGUUAAUUCCUUAUCUGGAAUAUUAUUUUUUUAAUUUUAUUUUUUUGUUAAAAAUAUCCCCAAAGCUUCACAAAACAUCAAUCCCCUGGACAAUCUGAAAUCAACAACUCGCACUUCGCCACUUCAUUUGCCAACACUGAUUGCUGAGUAUUGAUAAGUCUACCCCCUUGAAGCCCCACCCCAGCGGAAAAACAUAUUCCCACACAUUGGAAUUGGGGCCAAGCGAUUUCUGUGUUCGCAACGAAUCAAAAUCAAAUCAG